GCAGCCCCUCCUUUCCUGUAAUACUGAGGUCCAGCUACCGGCAUUAAACGCAGUAAUAAAUCACAUCGCAGUUAUAAAUUAUAAAUAAAUUGAAAGCAGUUGUGAAAAAGAAAGCUCCCCGUUAUGGGGCACAAAAUUUUGCUUCAGUGCGCAUAUGCGUUGGUGUUAUGCGUAAGCGCAAUAGCGUCACCACGUUCGGACAUCAAUGCUUUUAUACGCAGCACCGUUGAGACUGCACCAGAACACAAACCGCUUGCGCCUCCUAUCAGAUCUUCGGUUGAAAGUGUUCCCUUCAGGAGUCUUCGAGCUGAAGGCGAGGGGAGAUUGCCAUUACGAGAUGCAGUGGAAAAGAGACCGAUAUCAGUGCUAGAUGAAGACACCUACACAGAUUUAUUAUAUAAAUACAAAUCAGCAGAAGAUGCAGAGUCAAUUCCAGAUAACGACCAUUAUGGGAAUGUCAGACUUUACUAUGGUGCCGCCAGUUACUUGAAUAACAUCUCCAAAAAUGACGAAAGAUUGCAACAAGGCAAUGCAAAUCUUCAAGAGAUGCAACAAACAGCGAGUGCCCCCGCAGUUAGUAGAAUGGUUGUAUGCUAUUUACAAUCCUGGGCGGCGUACCGAGCGCCUCCUCUGGCCUUCACCGCUGGCUUAGUGCCCAAGUCAUGCACGCAUCUGCAUUACGCCUUCGCAGUUUUACAUCCUCAUACAUACGCCGUGUUACCCGCUAAUGAAGAUUACGACGUUAUCAAAGGCGGUUACCGAAUAGCUACAGGAUUAAAACGACGUCAUCCCGGGCUAAAGGUACUGAUCAGCGUAGGCGGAGAUGGCACCGCUCGUUUGUUCAGCGAAAUGGCACAGGAACCGAAUAGACGAAGUUCCUUCAUUGAGAGUGCAGUCAACUUUUUAAGAGAACAUGAUUUUGAUGGCCUUGAUUUGCACUGGGUUUAUCCAGGCGAAAAAGACGACAGGGAAAAAGCGCUACUGACAAGACUUUUGUAUGAGCUUCGAGAAAAGUUUUCGUCUUACGGUUUGUUACUUUCCACCGUUUUACCGCCAUUUAGAUACCAAAUAGAAGACGGCUACGACUUAAGUGCAGUCAGCGGUGCGACAGAUUAUGCGAUCCUUCAGGCGUGGGAUAUGACUCAUGGAAAACGAGAUGAACCUCCAUCACGAGCAGUGCAGCACAGCGCUUUGCAUAGAGACCCUGGAGCGUCUUCUAGAGAUCAGCGAUAUGAUAACAUUGAAUUCAUGGCAAAGUACAUCAUUCGCCACGGCAUGGCACCUGACAAGCUGGUCUUGGGUGUGCCUUUGUUCGGACGUAGUUAUACUCUAGCUGCAUCAACUUUGCCUGCUCCUGGAGCUGCUAUAAGCGGGUGGGGCGAUGAAGGACAGUACACCCAAUCCAAAGGAUUGCUCGCUUAUUUCGAGAUCUGCAUGAUGGAACGUGAAAGCAAAGGAGCAAGUGCGUUAGACGAGUCUGGCAAUUCAUAUGCUGUGUUCGACAACCAGUGGGUCACUUACGAUUCUCCCUCGAAUGUUAUCGAGAAGAUGAAAUUCGUGGUGAAUACUGGUCUAGCCGGUGCGGCGGCUUGGGCUGUGGAUAUGGACGACUUCCGUGGCUUAUGUGGGUCACCGUUCCCGAUACUAAGUGCUAUGUCUACCAGCCUUAACGGAGAAGCAAUUCAAACAGAUCAAUCAUCACUAAAGGUUGGCUCAUGUGAUUCGGAUAGUGCCUAUUUAGCGUCAGAUGAGGAGUCAUGUGCUCAUUUUUACUUCUGUAAUGGUGGAAUCAAUUACAAAUUGGUCUGUGAAGAGAAUCGUCUGUACGACCCCUCUACUGGAUAUUGCGGACAUCAAGAUGUCGCAAAAUGUUUACCAGGUCAAAGCCUUAGAAUAAGUAUAGCUGAUGCUUCUAAAUAUUCAGCAGAAAAAUAUGAAACUGACUUUGAGUGGGGAGAUGAUCCUAUUAAAGAUAUAAUACAGAAAACAAAUGACGCACAAAGACUGUUGGCUGCAGAUCAGACUGAUGCUAAGAAAGGAAAAGCAAACAACAAAAAAGUGGUGUGCUACAUGACCAGCUGGGCAUUCUAUCGGCGUGGCGACGGAAAGUUUGUGCCAGAGCAUAUCGACAGCAGGCUCUGCACACAUGUGGUCUAUGCAUAUGCUUCCCUUACUCCUGAUAACCUCGUGGCCAAGGAGUUUGACCCUUGGGCGGACAUUAAUAAUAAUCUCUACGAACGCGUGACAUCCUUAAGUGAUGUCAACGUUCUUCUCGGCUUGGGAGGGUGGACAGACUCAGCCGGCGAUAAAUAUUCUCGCCUCGUCUCCUCAUCCAGCGCUCGUUCGAAGUUUAUCCAGAAACUCAUUCCAUUCUUACGUAUGCACAAUUUUGAUGGUCUUCAUUUGGAUUGGAAUUACCCAGUUUGCUGGCAGAGCAACUGUAAAAAGGGAGCAAGAUCUGAUAAAGCAAAUUACGCCACGUUUGUUCAGGAACUAUCAUUAGCACUCCACGGUGCGCAUAUGGAACUCGGUAUUGCAGUCUCGGGCUACAAAGAGGUUAUAGAGGCUGCUUACGACCUGCCUUCCCUAUCGAAGUCAGUGGAUUUCCUCAGUGCGAUGACGUAUGACUACCAUGGCGGCUGGGAGAGAACUACAGCCCACCAUACACCAAUAGUACCGAAUUCUAAUGAUCCGCUGGCGUACUAUUCUAUUGAAUACGCAAUUAAAGCACUAAUUGGCGGUGGUGCAGACCCUAAGAAAUUGCUACUGGGAUUGUCUUUCUAUGGGCAAUCGUUUCGACUGGCUGAUGUGGAAGGGCCAAGCGGCCCUGGCGCUCCUGCCGCCGGCCCUGGUGAACCAGGAGAGUUUACUAAGCAACCGGGCAUGCUGGCUUAUUAUGAAAUUUGCUAUAGAGUCAAGAAUCUACGUUGGAAAACUGGCCGACAGGAUAAAGCUGGACCUUAUGCCUAUUCUGACAAUCAGUGGGUCGGGUAUGAUGACCCAAAGUCUAUCAAGGAAAAGGUGGAAUGGGCUCUUCGACAAGGUUUGGGUGGAGUGACUGCAUGGGCGAUCGACUUAGAUGACUUCAGCAACCGCUGCUGCACAGAACCAUCUCCAUUGCUGCGUGCGGCUGGCCGAGCGUUAGGCCGAGCCGUGCCCGCGCCGCCCAAAUCGCCGUGCGAACGACCGCCAGAACCUGUAACUCCUGCGCCGCCAAUUACUACUCCUGCUGAGUCUGAUGGAUCAAUGACGAGCGAACAUCACCACGGGCAACACGAAGACACUUCUACGACCUGGCCAAGCUGGAAACCUAGUUCCUCCACCACCGCACAAACUUGGUGGCCCUCAGCCGCCACCACCCCGUCUAUGACAACCACGACCACUCGACGACCCACCCAAGCCCCUACGACGAGACCACCUGCUUCUAGACCACCACCUACCAACAGUGGCAAUUUGGAAGGCACGCCCUGCCGGGCGGGUGAGCACCGAGCCGCGCCGGGCGACUGCUCGGGAUACUUGCAAUGCGAGGGCGGACAAUGGCGCAAGCACCGCUGUGCCCCCGGCCUGCACUGGUCGGCGACUUCUAACCGCUGCGACUGGCCCAACUUCGCUAAUUGCAAUGAAUCGCCCAAUAACCAAGCAAGCACAGCGACUACGACACUCGCCCCGAUGACACCACGACCGCCUCGACCAGACACGACGACCAGGACGACCACGACGACUACAAAUACAACAACUACUUCAACAACAUCAAAACCGACAACACAGGCACCUGUCGGCACAGACGAUACCCUGGAAGGCACACCGUGUAACGGACAGGACUACCGUGAAGUACCACGCGAUUGCAAUUCUUAUUUGCAUUGCGACGGUCGUGUAUGGAGACAGCAAAAUUGUGCGCCCGGUCUACACUGGAGCCAGAAGGAUAAGCAUUGUGAUUGGCCUAAAUAUGCCAAGUGUAAAGACCAGCAAGCAUCAAGACCGACGACUUCAGCACCUAAACCAACACGACCUCCGAGACCGACAAGACCGCCAACUACAACAGUUUCGUCAUCAGACUGGCCGAAAGAAGGCGGAGAAUGUGGAGGCAACGAGAUGCAUGCUCCAGCGAGCACAUGUGACGCAUAUUUGCUCUGCGUUUCCGGCAAUUGGCGCAAACAGCUGUGUCCUCCAGGACUUCAUUGGGACAAAAGAACUAAUCGCUGUGAUUGGACGGAGUUUGCUAUGUGUGAAAAAAAACCCGAUGUUAAUAAGUCUCCCAUGUCAGCGACAACUACCAGAAAACCAACAUAUACGACAACGAAGAAACCAAUAAUUGAUGUUGAUCCUCACAAGCCAUCGACGCGUUGCACCACAGGUUCUUAUUAUCCGCAUCCAAAAUGUGAAAAAUUCUUUGUUUGCGUGAACGGAAUGAUGAUAGCUCAGAGUUGCGCACCUGGACUCGUAUGGCAUCCUGGCAGGUCGCAAUGUGACUUCCCUUCACCGGCUUCCUGUAACGACAGACGACAGAUUGCAUCAGCUGCUUUGACUGAUGCCUCCAAGCCACAAAAUUCUGUGCAGAUAAUUUACUGCCAGAAUGGCGAAUACGCUAUGUUACCUUCUGACUGCACACGUUACCAACAUUGUUUGUUUGGUAAAUUUGAGGAGUUCGCUUGUAGUGCUGGUCUUCAUUGGAAUCAGGACAAACAAAUUUGCGAUUGGCCUAAAAACGCAAAUUGCAAGCCUACGGCUCCUGCAACGAGUCCACGACCGUUGAAAGAAACUGCUAAACCUGUCAAAAUACCAGUGAAACCGCCUAAAGAACCUGAGCAUACCUAUCACGACACGCCGCCGGUGCCAUCAAAGCCAGUUCACACAAAACCAUCUACUGGAACGUCUUCAGACGUUGGCAAUAAACCUGCCCUUAUUAAUUCGCGCUAUAAACUAGUAUGCUAUUACACAAAUUGGUCAUGGUACCGUCCUGGACUCGGCAAAUAUACACCCGAAGACAUUGACCCGACACUCUGCACCCACAUUGUGUACGGAUUUGCUGUUCUGAGUAACGACGGCCUCAUCACAGCGCAUGACUCUUGGGCGGAUUAUGAUAACCGAUUCUACGAGCGAGUAGUAGAAUAUAAACGCCACGGCAUCAAAGUCUCCAUCGCUCUUGGCGGAUGGAACGAUUCAGCUGGUAAUAAAUAUUCAAAACUCGUCAAUGAUCCCGCUGCUCGAAAGAGAUUCGUUACGCACGCACUGCAGUUUAUCGAAAAGUAUAAUUUUGAUGGUUUGGAUCUUGAUUGGGAAUAUCCCAAGUGUUGGCAGGUGGAUUGCUCAAAGGGCCCCGAUUCCGACAAAACCGGUUUUUCAGAUCUCGUUCGAGAACUAUCUUCGGUGUUCAAGCCCAAAGGCCUAUUGCUCUCUGCCGCUGUAUCUCCAAACAAAAUGGUAAUAGAUGAAGGGUACGACGUACCAACACUGGCUCGGCACCUGGAUUGGAUCGCCGUGAUGACUUACGAUUACCACGGACAAUGGGACAAGAAAACUGGACAUGUCGCUCCUUUGUUUUAUCACCCUGAAGAUGAUGUUACUUACUUUAAUGCUAAUUACACAAUUCACUACUGGAUGCAAAAAGGCGCUCCGCCUUCAAAACUUGUUAUGGGAAUGCCUCUCUAUGGACAGACUUUCACUCUAGAAACACAAUGGGAGAGCGCCAUGGAAGUAGAAAGGAGAAAGGAUUUUUCCGGUUUGAAUAUCCCCGCUGCAUCUGGUGGUGAGGCAGGCGAAUACACAAGAGCGAAGGGCUUUUUAGCUUACUAUGAGAUUUGCGAACGAAUCAGAAACCAAGGCUGGCAAUUGGUCCAAGAUCCCACCCGACGCAUGGGACCGUACGCAUACAAGGAUAAUCAAUGGGUCUCGUUCGAUGACCAAGAGAUGCUCAAGAAGAAGGUAAACUUCAUCAAGUCGCUCAAUCUUGCUGGAGGAAUGGUCUGGGCUUUGGAUCUUGAUGACUUCCGAAACAGAUGUGAUCAAGGUGUACACCCACUAAUAAAUACAAUCAAGAAUGGUUUAUUAGACCCAAGCAUAGACUAUGAGUCCCUCCAGCCGUCCCCCGUAGAACAAUCUACAUCCCCUAUCAAAGAACCAGCAAAUCAAAUAGAGGAGGACCUCGACGACAUCGAAGUGAUUUUGAACAGACCUACGACGCAAAAAGCUACAAAAUUGACGACAAAACCACAAACUCAGAAACCGCCGAUACUAACAACACUAGCUCCAAUAUUCAAAGAAGAGAGAUAUAAGAUUGUUUGCUACUACACGAAUUGGGCUUGGUACAGACCUGGUUCUGGAAAAUAUACGCCGGACGAUAUCGACCCAACCCUAUGUACUCACAUCGUGUAUGCAUUUGCAGUCUUGGACAGUAAUAAGUUGGUCAUCAAACCGCAUGAUACAUGGCUAGAUGUGGAACACAAAUUCUACGAGAAAGUGAUAGGUCUCCGUAGACAUGGCGUACGUGUUGUCUUAGGACUGGGUGGAUGGAAUGAUUCUGCUGGCGACAAGUAUUCACGACUUGUGAACAAUGCUUCAGCUAGGAGAAAGUUCAUAGUCCAUGCACUUGAUUUCAUCGAGCAAUUCGGAUUUGAUGGGCUCGACCUUGAUUGGGAAUAUCCUAAGUGCUGGCAGGCUGAUUGCGACAAAGGACCCAGUUCCGACAAAGCAGGAUUCACGAGUCUGGUGAAAGAACUGCGUACUGCGUUUAGUCGUCGUGGUCUGCUACUAUCCGCUGCUGUUUCGGCCAGCAAGCGUGUCAUAGACGCAGGUUAUGACGUACCAACUCUGUCAGAAAAUUUGGACUGGAUAUCUUUAAUGACGUACGACUAUCACGGGCAAUGGGAGAAGAAAACAGGUCAUGUUGCGCCAAUGUAUGUUCAAGAAGACGCUAAUGACCAAACCUUGAAUGCCAACUUUACAGUACACUACUGGCUCAAAAAGGGAGCAUCUCGCGAGAAGUUGAUAAUGGGCUUGCCGUUCUACGGGCAGUCGUUCUCAAUGAUAGAGAAUGCAGGCACAGGCCUUGGCGUGCCAACAUUCGCCGGUGGUGAGCCAGGUGAUGAAACCAGGGCAAGAGGGUUCUUGGCCUUCUAUGAGAUCUGCGAGCGCAUCCGGUCUCAGGGCUGGCAAGUAGCACGUGAUGCAGGUGGCCGUAUGGGUCCUUAUGCCACUUUGCACGACCAGUGGGUCUCAUUCGACGACGACUUCAUGAUUCGACACAAAGCUGAAUAUAUUCGCGCGCUAGAUUUAGGUGGAGGGAUGAUCUGGUCCCUAGACUUGGACGAUUUCACUGGACAGUAUUGUGGAUGUGGAAAGUCACCGCUGCUGCGUAAUAUCAACUUUGUCCUUAGAGGACAAGAGGCUCCUUCCGCUUGCCUACUUGAAGAAAUUCAAGGACCAUCAUCAGUGGACCAAGUAGGAGGGACAGAAGAAGUAUCAUCAGCAGGCCAAUUACCAUUAAAGCCACAGACGGAACUGGAAGAUACACCUCACGAAAUACAACCUCACACUGACAGCGAGAGCGACAAACCAAGCUACGAAGGUGUUUCCUGCCGUGAAGCGACUUUCCGAGGUGACGAUAACGACUGCAGAAAAUAUUAUUUGUGUAUCAACGGGCAAUACACGCAACUUAAAUGCCCCGAACAACUACACUGGAACAAAAACCACUGUGAUUGGCCAGAAAAAUCUCACUGCAGGCAUAAGGCUAACUUACGACUAACGGCUGGUGACGAAAUACUUGAGGUGUUGGACGACAAACCAAUUCUGGCUUGCUACUUUACAAAUUGGGCUUAUUAUAGGCGAGACGACGGCAAGUUUGGUCCAGAACAAGUGGAUCCUACACUAUGUACGCACAUAAUAUACACAUGGGCACACCUAGAUGAUCUCAAUUACGAAUUGGUACCUGGAAAUCUAGAAUUAGAUGUUGACAACGAUUUCUACGGUAAAAUAACGGGACUUCGUGUAAAGGGUGUGAAAGUCAUUCUUGGCGUGGGUGGUCUGAAAGACUCUGAAAACGAUAAAUGGAAUCGAAUGGCUGUCAAUAAAGAGCACAGAAAAGAGUUCAUCAACUCUGCGCUGAAGGUAUUGAGAAGAUGGAACUUCGACGGCUUACAGCUCGGCUGGCAAUACCCAGUAUGCAAACAAAUUUCAUGUACACAACACGAAACAUCAGAGAAAGAGAAUUUCAGUACCCUGGUGUUAGAGUUGUCAGGGGCUCUCCGGGCCCAUAACCUAGAAUUUUCUACUGUGGUAUCGGCGACCCCUGAAAUUGCUCAAGUGGCGUACGAUUUCAACGUUUUGACGGCAGCAGUAGAUUGGACCGCUAUUGCUGCUAAUGAUUAUUACGCAUCUACAACUGGACGGACGGCGUAUCUUGUGCCUUUGGAAACCCCUGAGGCAGCUGGUAUUAAUAGUUUCAACUCGACUCUGACGUAUUGGGCAAGUGUAAUGCCUCCCAGGCAAUUAGUGAUGGGCGUGCCAGCUUACGCGCGAUCGUAUACAUUACGCAGUGCCUCAAACGCAGCAGUGGGGGCACUUGUUGCUGGCCCCGGUCAACCUGGUUUAUAUACUGAUUUCCCUGGAUUCCUAGCAUAUAAUGAGGUUUGCACGGGUCUUCGAUCCAAAGAAUGGUUAGAAACACAAACUCUGGAUGGCACAUUCGCUGUUUAUAAUAAACAAUGGUCUUCUUACCUUCGGCCUGAAGAGGUUCAUCGAGUGGCAUCGUCUGUAGUCUUAGCUGGACUUCGUGGAGUUUCUCUCUGGGCCCUGGAUUUGGAUGAUUGGCGCGGUACUUGCGGAUGUGAAUCCUACCCAUUACUAACUGCAUUGCGACAAGGUCUUUCCGAUCCCCAUUUACCUCCCACAACAUGUCUGAAUUGAAUCGACAACUUUGAAUAUCUCUCUUCAGUACCUAAUGAAGGUCCCAUAGAAACUAUAAACUUAACGUAGUUUUUUAACAGCUUAACUGAUUCAAUUUCAAAAGUUAUGUAAAUACUCAGAUCAGUAAGGAGAGCUGAGACUGUUUACUUAAAACACGUAAAAAAAAUUAAAGUAAUUAA